AUGGCUGGCUUUCCUUCAAGCAAGAAAACCAAAUACCACACUCGCUCGAACAGCUUACCAUCGAGACCGCACCCUCUCAUUUCACAAUGUGAUGAGCACUUGACUAGACUGAGAGAUUUCGAUUCCACUCCUGCCUCCUCGUCAUCAUCCAUAAGCAAACAGCUAAGUGGCCUCGAGGAUUUGCACGAAUGUGUCGACAAGUUAUAUUUGUUGCCCUGCAUUCAAGAAGCUUUUGUUAGACAGUGUGGAGAGAAAUGGGUUGAUGAGUUGUUGGAUGGAUCUCUUAGGCUGUUUGAUAUGUGCAGCUCAGCCAAGGAUGCCCUGAUCCACACGAAGGAAUGUGUCCGUGAGCUCCACUCGGCCAUUCGACGAAGAUCCGGGAUCGAAAAUGAGGUUAAGAAAUACUUGGCCUCCAGAAAAGUUGUCAAGAGGGCAAUCCAAAAGGCCUUGGAAACUAAUAAGAGCGUCGAAAGCAAAUGCAAGGUAGCUUUGGAUGAGAGUGACCGCGACACUACGGCCAUGGUUAGCUUGUUGAAGGGAGUGGAAGCAAUUAGUCUUAAAUUUUUUGAGUCCUUACUUUGCCUUAUCUCAGGGAAGAACACAAAGACAAAGUCUAGUUGGUCAAUUCUUAGUGUAAUGCACAGCAAGAGGGGAGUCUCUCCUGAAGUAGAAGCAGAUGUCAAUGAAUUUGCCAAUAUGGACAAUGCAUUGAACUCUGUUUCAUGCCAAAAGACAAGUAAAUGCAAAGACAUUCAAGUGGAUGAGAAUGUUUGUACCCAACUUGAAAAGUUGGAGCUAAGCGCUCUAGAUCUGGAACAAACAAUCGAGCGCCUGUUUCGGCGUAUGAUCAAAACCAGAGUCUCCCUCCUCAACAUUCUCAGCAACUAG